UAUUUGUUUUAUAACAUACUUGUCUAUACUAGCUUAAAGGGGCUAAUUGUACAUACUCCAGCUACUUACUCUACUCCCUCUCAUCAAAUUCAUACCCUUUGUUGAAUGCCAUCACUCUGUUUGAAACACAGAUUGUUCCCGUAUGCUAUCCUUUCUGCUUAAUGAGCUUAGUGAGCUUAAUGCAUAAUGCAUUCCAUUCAGGAUAACUAAUCAAAGACCAAGCACCUAGUUCGCCAUAAUACCUCUCAAAACUUCAAGAUAACGAUCAAAAGAGCUCCACUUCUUACUCCUUGGAAAAUAUAUCUGGCCCUCAUCUCGACGGCGCCCGUAACGGCCUCGCAUCAGAUUCACAAAGAGAUCGCACACUUCAUAGAACAAAAAGAAUCCAAACAGCACACGAAAUGGCAGCUCUUCACGAUGCGCUCAAAGCACUGGGCGCCAUAAACUACGACGAAACUCCCACUGACAACCUCAAGCCAUUUCUAUUAGAUGCUUUCAGUAGUGGUCAAACAAUAGUUGAUUCAAUUCCCGUACCCGACACUGCCGAACCUUCCAGCGGUCGGCCGCGAUCAAAUACAACACCUUUAAUAGCCUCGUCUGCAUCCGAAAUCUUAGCAUCGCAUGCCAGAUCUCCACCUCCGCCUCACGAUAUCGAAUCUCUGCAGAAGGAAUGGAAACAAGUGAAACUGAAGCCGGCUGAUAAUCCAUUGGGUAUAAGUGUAUAUUCUUGCAAGGGAAGGGAUGGAAAGGGAACUUGGUUUGCGAGAAGGAGUGUACAUGAGGGAUUAGGAUUUACGAAAUGGAAGAGAGGUUUAGAGAGGGAAUUUCCGGAAACCCUGAAGGUUCAGGGUGGUCCGGGUGAGGGUAAUAUUAGAGGUAUUGGUGGAGAGAAGAGGGUGGCGUAUAACAAUAUUCCUGGGACGGGAAAAAUGGAAGGUAUAUUUUUAUCAAAUUGGAGUAAAGGGCGACAUUCUAAUGCGUAUUAGUGUAUCUGCUAUCUGCGCAGUUUCCAGGACCAACUUCCCCGAGAGAUUUCGUAACAAUGCUCAUCUCUUCAGAUCAAGCAUUGAAGGGACAAAAUGAUCACGAAGUACCCCGCCAUUUUAUGGUAAUAUCGAAACCAUGUCAACAUCCAGAUGCUCCACAACGUGAAGGAUAUAUAAGAGGAAAUUAUGAAUCAGUUGAGUUUAUUCGAGAAAUUCCGACUAAGAAAGCGCCUCCAAAGAGAUCAGUAUCAGCAUCAGAUCUCACAAAGGGACAUUCAAGAGAUAGAUCUGGUUCGGAUUUAGGAAGAGAGGCCGUUUUGAGAAAUGCGCAUCAGAAGCAUGAUCAGUCUACCACAGAGGAAGGGGAAGGUAUUGAAGGACAGGCUUCGCGCUCCGAUAGUAACCUAGCUCUUGUCAGCAACCACGAGAAUACAGCUGCUCCGAAUGAGGAUGAUGAAUGGGAACAAAAUCCUAUUGAGUGGAUCAUGAUUACAAGGAGUGAUCCUGGUGGAAGUGUACCACGAUUUAUGAUUGAUCGUGGAACUCCAUCAGCUAUCGUUUCGGAUGCGGGCAAAUUCCUGGAUUGGGCAUGUUCGAAGACAAUUGAGGAAUUGGAUAGUGAUGAUGAGGAACCUGUUGAAAAAGAAGAAGAAAAUGCUGAGAGUGAACAUCAUUAUCGCCAUCAUCGUCAACAUGGCCAUGAAAAAGACUUACAUAACUAUCAGACAAAUGGUCAUCUUGCAGGUAUAGAUAGUCAAGCAGAGAUAUCACCUUCUGUGCCGCUAGGUCCAACGAAGCCUCCAACUCAGACACAACAGCAAGCACCUGUAAGUGGUGGUGGAAUAUAUGAUUUAGUGGCAGGUGUAGCAACUAGUGCUGGAGCUUUUAUCGCUCCAUAUGCACCAGCAAUUAUUGCGGAUCGUCUACCUCAUGCUAGCGAAGCUCUUCCAGCUCAAGAAAGUGAGCCUUUUCCUCUUGCCAGUGAACCCGUUCCGACUCAAUUUCCCGCCCCUAUUCCUCGGUCUCGAUCAGUAUCUGAUGCAUCCAUCACCAGCGAGUCCACUGUGAAUAGUUUUGAAUCAGCCCUUUCAUUCCGAAAAAUAUCAUCACAAGAUUCAGCAGCUGUUCAAAAAGUGCAUCUGCAACAAGAUAAAGAGCUACAGAAAUUAGAAGACAAGAAACGAAAACUCCAAGAGAAGCUAGAGAGAGCAAAGCAAAGAGAAGCGGAUAAAAAGAGUGAAGAUGGAGAGAAAGAAAAGAAGGAUUCGAAAGCAGAGGAAAACAUGAGAGAGAAGUGAGGAAAAGAGAAGAAAAAUAUAGAAAGGAAAUGGAAAAAUUGGAGAAGAAGAGGAUAAGAGAAGAGCAGAAACAAGAGGAGAGAAAGAGGAAGAAGGAGAAAAGGAAAAGGAGAGG